AUGCAGCAGGACUACGAUGUUCGGUCGACGAUAGGUGCUUUAUACGCGGGCUGUAUGGCGUCUGUCGCCGUCUCAGCGGUCCUCCUCGUGCAAACAUUCCUCUAUUUCAUGAUCUUCUACCAAGACAACGCGCGACUGAAGACCUUCGUGGGGUGGAUCUGGGCUGGCGACGCUGCUCACACGAUUUCCAUCUGUGUCGCAGUCUGGCAGUAUGGCGUCCUGCAUUUUGGUCGGCCAAUGUAUUUGGCAACAAUAUCUCCUGCUCUUACGGGGACCGUGGUGCUCACCGGAAUCAACAUCCUGAACGCAAACAUAUUCUACAGCUGGAGAAUUCACAAGAUGAGCAAAGGAAAUCUAUGGCUGACGAUCCCGAUCGCUUUUCUUUGCCUCGUCAGGCUAAUCAUGACCAUCUUCCUCAGUGUCGUUAUGACAUUCAGCAACACCUGGGAUCUCAUUGAGGCACGAUAUGGGUCAACUCUGAUGGCCUCACUCGCUAUAUCGGCGGGUACUGAUAUCUUUCUCGCUGCAACGCGGUACUUUUACCUACGCGAGCUGAAGCAGGGUUACAUGGGGGUGCCUGCGAUGGUCGAUGCAGUCGUCAUAUUCACGAUAAACGACGGCUUACUGACCUGCAGCAUCGGCAUCGCAUCGAUGAUCUGCUUUACCCUGAUGAGGCACAACUUCGUCUGGGUCGGCAUCUACUUCACUCUAUCCAAAUUCUACUCCAACUCCAUCAUGGCGACCCUGAACCUCCGCAACUGGUACCGCCAUCGCAACCGGCCGUAUCUAGGCCCCCAAGUCGACCACACUGCACGCACAAGACCGCGCGUUGGCGAAACGAGCAAAAGCGGUCGUUCUUCCGCCACAGGCGACCACGAGUUUCUAGACCUCGACGAAGUUCAGUCUGUGGAAGUGUACGUUGACCAGCGGGUCGAGUAUACCGUUCGUGCAAUUGAGCUCGAAGGAGGUCAUGAUCGCGGUCGAGGAAAAGUCAGGGCUGGAUGGCCAAGGUCAUCACGCUCGUAG